AUGCUCAGGGGCGGCUCGGAGCUGACCAUUGCAGGAAAUGGAGUAGGCGAGCCUAUGAAUGUGGGUCAUAUUCUAUGCAUCGAGUCGCUAUCGUUCUUUUCCGCACCUGUAUUGACGGACGACGGAUUUCUUGGUUGGGCUCGCGCUAUUGGCUACGACGAAGAAUGCCUGGACAUCAACCUCGGCGCUCCCCAGCAGGCCAACCUUGGCGACGGCAAUGGCACACUGAAUCAAACAGCGGAGUUCCGUGCUAGCUUCAAUCUCCCAAUCAUCGGGACUUGCCUGGAGGGUCUCACGGGCGGUGGUCAUUUCAGGUAUUGGCGACAGGAUGGGCCACUUGCAAAUACCGGAGCUCUCUUCCUUGCCGUUUCCCAGGAGGAGGGACUCCUGACAGGUCAGACCAUCGCUCCAGAUGGUUAUAACGUCGGAAGGGAUGCGUUCGUAGCUGCCGCAAGCGGCUCCGUUAGCUCUGGCGGCAUCACAUACACAACGAUAGCCCAGAAUAUCACAUGUCUUCUGCUUGCCGGAAGUUCCGGUAUCAACCAAGGUCGGUCCAAGAGUCAUUGA